AUGAAGCACUUGGAUGAACCGUUCGCCUCGCGAGCCCCAAACCAAGGAUACCAGGCGCCUGCACCGAUGAUGGGAGGGGCACUGUCUGCCACCCCUGAACGGCCUCAAUUCGCGCAAUUCGAAGUUGGGAAAAACGGGUUGUUUGUCGAGCCCAAACCAGCGCUGAGCGAAGACGCCUUGCCUCCCAUGCCGAGCUGGGAUGCCGCAGCGAACAAGCAUGUGUUGGAGGAGGAGAAGAAUGGCGUUGAGCUAGGGCAUUUGGAUCCCGCCACGGGACAGAGUGUGCCUCUUAUGGCUGGUGCUGGUCGACCUCCAAUGACUGGAACUCCAAGCCCGGGCCGCGAGAUGACAAGUCCUUACGGUCCACAAUCAGGCCAAGGCGUUGGUGGAAAUGGAUAUAUGGGAGUCGCAGGUGAUUCUUACUCCCCUCAUGCAUCCCAGAAUGGUUUUCAUGGCAAUGGGGGAUAUAGAGGCUCGCCGUCUCCAGGGCCCGGAAUGAGUAGGCGGAGGCCGGGAUAUGGGCCACCAGACACGCAGAAUAUGAACGGUCAAGGUGGGUCAGGAUAUGGUCCAUCUCCCCCUCUAGAUCCGUAUGGCAAUGAUGAAUACGUGGGUACAGCCAUGGAUGGAGAUGGUUAUGGGCAACCGCAACGGCAACCGCAACGCCAGUACUCGAACGACGAGCGCCAAUUUCCACCUGGACCGACAAGACAAUACUCCGAGUCCGGGCGUUCUGUAAAUCCAGGAAGACAAUACAUGGACCAGUCUUAUGACAAUUUCGAACCCAACGGCCCUUCGCGAGGGCCUUCGCCAGGUGGACCGCAGCAAAUGGCAAGUUCCAGAGGUAUCAAUAAUAGUGGAUUUGAUUUCGGCUCCGGGGGACAGCAAACAUACAAACGGCCAUCGCCCCCACCUCAACAAGCAUCGUACAACACGUCUCGAUCUAGAGAUGAUUACUAUGGACCCUCCUCGCCAUCGCCUUUAUAUGCAAGCAGAAGCCCGCCACCCCAAGAACCAAAUUAUCCUGGAUACCAAUCAUAUACACCUUCAAAUCAAGGUUCAAGGCCAGGCGGCGCCCCGGCUGCCCUGACUCAACCCCAAGGCUGGGAUCCCGUCCGCCAGUGA